GAAUGGGUUUCCCGUCCUGUGAUGCAGGUCGUUGGCAGGGCAAGCAAUCGUGUCUUCGUUGGUCUUCCUCUUUGCAGGAAUAAAGAUUAUCCCGAGCUUAACGUGCAGUUCACUAUUAACGUGAUGAAGGCUGCUCAAGUCAUUCGAAUGUUCCCAGGAUUUAUGAAAGGGAUUGUUGGUGAACUCCUCACUUCCACUCCAGCAAGCACACGUUGCAGUAUUAAGCACCUUGCACCUAUCAUUGAGUAUUGCUUAAAGCAGAGAGAGAAACACAGUGACGAGUGGCCGGGAAAACCGGCAAGUGCACUAUUAUGCGGAUCUCUCAUCGAUGAAGCACCGAAUGAUAAACAACGCUCUGUCGAAGGAUUAACACAGUGUAUUCUUACCAUGAACUUUGCAGCGAUCCAUACCUCAUCAAAUAGUUUUACACAUGCAUUGCUGCACCUUGCAGCACACCCAGAUACACCCGGACCGGACCAGGACCGGACUUCAGCAACUAUAGCACCGAUGCGCGAAGAGGCAGAACACGUGAUCGAAUCUGACGGAUGGACAAAGCUUUCUAUACAGAACAUGCGAAAUAUAGACAGCUUCUUAAAGGAGAGCAUGCGCUUCAAUGGGCUGGAAACAGUCCCUUCCAUGACUCGAAAAGCUCUGGUCGAUUACAAGCUUUCCGAUGGAACCGUCCUCCCCAAAGGCUCAUUUGUAUCCUGCAACGCGCUUGCAAUGCACCGCAAUGAUGGUGUUUAUGCAGAUGCUAGUGAAUUCCGACCCUUUAGGUUCGCAGACCUUCGCGACGAGAGUGCAGAGGAGGCGACACGCCACCAACUCGUGUCCACGAGUAAUGAGUUCCUUACUUUCGGUCACAGACGACAUGCUUGUCCUGGUCGGUUCUUUGCUGCUAAUGAGCUGAAAGCAAUGAUGGCAUAUCUUGUGCUGAACUACGAUAUCAAACUACAGGACGGACAAGACCGACCGAAGGACCUCGAAUUCGAGGCAGCAGUGGUGCCUAAUCCGAAAGCACAUGUUCUUUUCAGGAAAAGGCAGACGUGA